AAGAAACUGAAAAGCAAACAAUGGUUGGAGAUUCUGCCCCUUUCGUGUGAGUGAGCUUUACAACAAGCAAGACAAAGUUAAGGCAUCGUUUGGAUGUUGCAGCCAUAAGAAAAACUCCUCACUCAUUGGGAUCCUUAAAAAAAUCUUGACCGUUCAAUCCUCCCUUUUACCUGAUGCUUCUCACUUCAAUUCACGUGCUCUCUCUCUUUUUCUUCCCUUUUAAAUCCUUUUGCUUCCAUGCAUGGAAUUCUCCUCCAACUACAACACACACACACCAAAAGGGUAUCUAGAGAGAGAGAAACAUAAACAGUCUUGGGGUAUUUUAUUUUAUUUCUUUUGUUCCUCUUGUUAGCCUCUUCAUCGCCAUCAUUAGCGACCCUUCUUUAUAAAAUGUUUGAUUUUUUUUUCUGGGUUUAAACAAUUUGAGAAAGGGUCUCUUUUUGUUGUGGGUCGGAUCUCUUUGUUGUACUUGAAACAGAGUCUGUCACAUCUCAGCUGCUGAUCCUCGUUUUUUUUAUCAUCUCCACUGAAACUAAAGCAAGCAACUUUUUUGUGAUCUGUUUUUUUUCUCUCUCUGUUCCUUGAUCUGUGUUCUUGGUUUCUCACAACAAAGAUGGAUGAAAGGAAAUGCAAGAAAUGAGUCACUGUUCCGGUUUGGUUUACUGGGUAUUUUCAGUUUUUAAGUGAUCAAAAUAUUUUUUAAUGGAGCAAAAUCAAGGAAAGAAGUUUGUUUGCAAGUUUUGCAACAAAGGGUAUCCAUGUGGGAAGUCCUUAGGAGGUCACAUAAGGACUCACAUGAAUACUGAGAAUCUUGGUGAAGCAGAGGAAAAGGCUGAAAUCUCCACAAACAACAAGCAGCUUCUCUGUUCUAGGAACAUAAAGAGAGCUGCUGAGGCUGAAGCUGGUGGUGGCCAAUCUGCAACUUAUGAUAUAAGGGAGAACCCCAAGAAAAGCAAGAGAUUUUCUGAUUUAGGCAAUGGUUCUGUACUCAAAGAGAUGAUUUGUAAAGAAUGUGGUAAGGGUUUCCAAUCAUUGAAAGCUCUUUGUGGUCACAUUGCUUGUCACUCAGACAAAGAAAGGGUCUUUCAGAAACUUGAGGAUCAUUGGGGUAACACUGAGAAACAGAAGCUGGUAGUGGAUAGUCAAUCAGAUACUGAAAUAUCAACUCCAAGUAGGAGGAGGAGAUCCAAAAGGAUAAGGUGCAAAACAGGAGGUGUUUACUCUAAUAAUUCAGUCUCUUUGGCAAAUGGUUCGUCAUCUGUAUCAGAGAUUGAAGAGCAAGAACAGGAAGAGGUUGCUAUGUGUUUAAUGAUGCUGUCAAGGGAUUCUGGUUGUAAGAAAGGGCUGAAUUCAGUUGCUGAUUCUUCAGACAACAACUCUGUCGUUCUGGAGGCUAAGUCAUCCUCCAUAGAUUUGAGGAUUACUGUUAAGAAUGCUAACAAUGGUGGUGAGCUUUUGAAGAUGCAAAAACAAGGAGUUAUCAAGUUGAAAUCUGCUGAGUCUGGUCCUUGUUCUGAAAAUUCUGAUUCUGGGUAUUUUAGGAAUGGGCCCAAGAAGGUGGAACCAGAUGUUUCAAGCAAUGGGGUUACCAACAAUGUUGAAUGUAAGAAACUCAAGGUAAAGUCUAGAUCUGGAUUUGAAGACUUUGAUGCAACACUUGGUAAAAAUAGGAGUAAAUUCAAGUAUGUGAAAACUGAAUUCCCAAAGGAUUUGGUUAGUGAAGUAGGGGAUAAUCAAGAUGAUAGAGCUUUGACUAAGUUUGGUUUAAGAAGUGGGAAGAAUGAUUAUUCCAGUUCUCCAAAGGGAACCAAACUUGAGUCAAUAGAUGAUAGAGGUGAAGACAGCUUAGCAAAUGGUUCUUUUCAUGCUCCAAUGGCUGCUACCAAGUUGUCAAAUGGCAGUGCUGAGAAAAGAUUGGGGUCAAAGAAAAACAAAGGGCAUGUAUGCCCUUUCUGCUUCAGGGUUUUCAAGUCAGGCCAAGCUUUAGGAGGUCACAAAAGGUCCCAUUUUGCUGGGGGUUCAGAGGACACAACAUUGGUCAUCAAACGAGACUCACCAGAUAUGCCGUUACCAGCUCUUAUUGACCUUAACCUUCCAGCUCCUCUUGAAGAAGAUGCAAUGGAGAACUCUGGGUUCAUCCCAUGGUAGCUGUUUAGAAAGCACCACAACCAUGAUCUCUUUGCUAAGAUGAGGAACAUGCAAGAGAAUUUACAGUGUACAAAUGAACAAUUUACUCUUUUGGUGUUUCUCUUUGGCUUCUGAUUCAACAUGGUUUUUUUUGCUAAGUACUCUUUCAAACCUGUGAAAUAUAGAGUCUUGUAGGAAGCAAAAAACAGCAGCUUCUGAUUUUUAACUUGUAUGAUAAAAGCAUUUGAUAUAUAGGUAGGCUAUCAUAUGUUAUCCUUUGAUACAGCCAAUCUCACUGUUGAAGUGUUGUUUUUAAAGAAGAGCCAAGGACCACCUGCUUUUUGGGGAAAACAUCAAAGAGCUUCAUUCUAAGGAGUGGAAAUGAAGUUUCCCCUAAAAUUCACAUGCCCCAAGAACUGUACACUCCAUUUAUUUGCUACUUUCUACACAUAUUUAGACACUCCAAUAGGUUGCAUUUUUAAGCACGUACACACACCCCCACACACACAUGUACUGUUUGGGAAAUGACAUAAGACCAAUUUUAAUGCUCUCCUUUUUGUUAAUAACAAAAGAUUAAGUUUCUCCA